CCUGAAGCAGCGAGGGAAAAUUCUGCUCCCUUCUUGCUGACCAUGUUACCAGGGACUACGUAUACCUAUCUUGCUGCCGUCAUCGCUAACCCCCAUCUUCCGGGCACAUCCCGUGUCAAUAGCGCCCAAGAUGACACUUAGGGCAAUCUCCCACACGGAUUCUCCAAAGAUACCGAAAAACAGGCAUAUUGAUCUCCUCAAGGGCUGGCCACACCCGAGCUUGCUGCCGCCCCAGCAGCUGGACCAGGCCUCCGCACAUAUAUUAUCCAAUCCGUCCAAUUCGGACGUCUUGUUUUAUGGUCCAGACGAAGGCUAUCAGCCGCUGAGGGUAGAAAUCGCCAAAUGGCUCAAUGAUUUCUAUCGACCAAGCGAGACAGUCUCCAGCGAGAGAAUAUGUAUCAGUGGUGGUGCCAGCCAGAAUCUAGCGUGUAUUUUGCAGACUUUCACUGAUCCGAUCUAUACUCGCAAUGUCUGGAUGGUGGCUCCGACAUAUUAUUUGGCUUGCAGGAUCUUCAACGACUCUGGUUUUGACAAGAAGCUGAAAGCUGUGCCCGAGGAUGCAGAAGGCAUCGACCUCGAAUUCCUCGAGCGAGGUCUCCGAGAAAGUGAGAAUCGGGCGCUGGCCGAAAACAACACGUCACCCCGAAUCAAGUCACCUAAGCCGUGGAGGAAGAUAUACAAACAUAUAAUAUAUGCAGUACCGACCUUUUCCAAUCCUUCAGGUCGAAUCAUGAGUCUGGGUCAUCGGCAAGACCUAGUUCGCCUAGCGCGGCAAUACGACGCUCUCAUCGUGACCGACGACGUCUACGACAUGCUUCAAUGGCCAUCUGAUCCCAAAGCUGGCUCGCGCAGGAUCGACACUGCUGUGCUGCCACGAAUAGUCGAUAUUGACAGGCAACUCGAUGGCGGGGUAGUUGACGAUUACGGGCAUGCAGUGAGUAAUGGGAGCUUCAGCAAAAUUGUUGCGCCGGGCUGUCGAACAGGCUGGGCCGAAGGGACUCCGGCGUUGGUCUAUGGAUUGUCACAAACAGGUUCAAGUCGCUCUGGAGGUGCCCCUUCUCAUCUGGUUGCUUCCUUCAUUUACCAGAUGAUGGAUACCGGGGUUUUGCAAAAUCACAUCCUGCAGGAAUUACAGCCAGCGUAUGCACAACGAUAUCAUCUGAUGAUGCGAGCGAUUGAGCAGCACCUGUUGCCAUUGGGCCUGACCAUGCCUCAAGUGGACAAGGAUGUUGCGGGAGGCUACUUCAUCUGGUUGACCCUACCAGGCUCCUUGAACUCGACACGCAUCUACAAACGAGCGUUGAAAGAAGCAAAUUUGACUGUCAUUGCAGGACCGAUGUUCAAGGUGGACGGAGACGAACAAAAAAAGGAGGCGAGGUUUGAACAGGAUCUCCGCCUGUGCUACUCUUGGGAAGACUUGGAUGUGCUCGAGGAGGGCAUUGCUCGAUUGGCUCAGGUGAUUGAAAACGAGAUGGAAGCAAACAGGUCAGGUGGAGGAUGAGCUGGAGUGACAAUGGAUGUGAAUGUUGAUGAAGGAUAUGACUUGUCACUGCUCUAGUUAGUCGAAUAUCAAACUUGGCUCUGAGC